AUGAGGUUCCUCCUGUACUGGAUCUUUUUAGUGGCCAGUGGACUUCAUCAGGUGCUUUCCCAGAGUUCCACGGCCAUACCGGUUGUGACCACAGACCUGGACCCGGUGAACAGGACCCGGUACUGUAAGUGGCCCUGUAAGUGCCCUAAAGUUGCCCCCGCGUGCCCGACGGGGGUGAGCCUGAUCAGGGACGGCUGUGAGUGCUGUAAGAUCUGUGCUAAACAGCUGGGGGAGACCUGUAACGAGAGAGAUAUCUGUGAUUACCAUAAAGGGCUGUACUGUGACUACGGCGCUGACAAGCCUAGGUACGAAAAAGGAGUGUGUGCAUUUCUGGCCGGGACAGGAUGUGAAUAUAAUGGCGUGAUCUACCGUAACGGGCAGAGCUUUCAGCCCAACUGUAAGUACCGCUGCCUCUGUGUGAACGGGGCGAUCGGGUGUGUCCCACUGUGUACCGAAUCCCAGCCGCCGCGGGUGUGGUGCCAGUCGCCCAAACUGGUGAAGAUUCCGGGCCGGUGCUGUGAGCAGUGGAUCUGUGACGAGCCUCGGAAAACACGCAGGACCAGCCCGAGGCGUGCUGCGGAGGAGCCUCUAAGCAACAAUGAGAUCUGGCAUAAGACCUGCAGAACCCAAACUUCCCCCUGGAGCCCGUGUUCUAAGACCUGCGGGCGGGGGGUAUCGCUGCGACUCACUAAUGACAAUCCACAGUGUGAGAUGGAACAAGAAACCCGACUGUGUAACCUUCGGCCCUGCGACGUGGACAUAACCAAACAUUUUCGGCCAGGAAAGAAGUGCCUGAACAUCUACCGUGAGCCCGGAUUCCAGAACUUCACCAUCUCCGGCUGUGUCAGUAAGAAGUCCUACUGGCCCAAAUACUGCGGCGUGUGUUCUGACGAGCGCUGCUGCAUCCCCUACAAGUCCAAGACCAUCGACGUGGAGUUCGAGUGUCCGAACGGGUCGGUCUUCACCUGGAAGCAUAUGUGGAUCAACGCCUGCUUUUGCAAUCUCUCCUGCAGGAACCCGAACGACAUCUUUGCUGAUCUGGAGCCGUAUUUCCAGAACAACGAGAUCAUAAAUUAAGAAUUAAGACACAAAAUAUAAGCACAGAAAAAUGUUUAUAUUGUGUGUAUCCCUGGGAACAGUGAUGCCACUGCUGGAAUAGAUUCAGCAGAUUCGGGUAAGGGUGUUGGCGCAUCCUGUGCCGCAUUUCUGUGCCACCUUAAAGUGCAGUGCCUCAGUGUAUGUACAGAUUGGUAUGGCAUACCAAGUCAGUGAUGUCACUGCCCAGCCUACAGCUCACAUUAUUUAUUUAUGACUAACUUUUUGGGCUGCACCCAUAUUUAGGGGUCGCUAGAGCAGAUCAUUAUAGCCUGCGCACCUCUGGCACAGCUUUUAAAACGGUCGCCCUUACUGAUGAUAUUUAUUCAGACUUGGGACCAGCAUUGAAUGGCUAGGCUGUUCGGCCACCCUCUUCCUUAAGACACAGCUAUCACGUAUGUCUGUGCAGACACCAGAUGGGCAUAAUGUAAUUGCACAGGUUAAGAAUACUGCAAAAUAUAUUUAUAUGUAAAUUUUUUGUAUUAUUAACAUUACAAUGGAGUGUUUUUUUAAAUAAUAAAAGCCGAUUC